AUGGGCGUGCAAAGCGCCCGGGUGCUGUGGGAGAAGAUCGCGACUCUUCUUUUGCCGCCGUCAGCUAGUGACCAUCCAUUUGACCCUGUGACAACUGCACCCCUCUCAAACGGAGCUUCCGGCGAUUACUUAUCGGACACCCGCCACCACUUGAGAGAUAUUGUCGAACUGGCUCACAACUCAUCACCGCAUAAUCCCUUUAUCACCUCCGACCACCCUGAUCCUCCUUUACCCAUCAAUACAGCUCCCGCCUCGGUAGGGAAUCCCGGUUUCCAAACGUCAGAGUUUCUGUCUGCUGCAUCUCAACCACAAAGUUCAUCUCCCACUCGGCCCAACCGCCGCCGCCGCCUUUCGAGCAGCCCGGAUAACCUUGGUCCCUCAUCGGCGGGGACCGGACACCUUCUACGAAUAGCACGUGAGACUACGUCUCAGAACUACCCCAGCCAACUGCUCGGCCGACCGGGCGGCCGACCUCCUUCCCCCAAGCGCAGGCGCCUGGUAAUCAUGCGUCCCGAUGGAAUAUCAACAGAAAAUGGCUUCUCAGACGCCUCGAACGAAUCACCUACAUCGGCAUCGAGAAAGACGGGUCUGAAUGGGCAAGCGACAACCAACGGGAGCUCUCAUACAAAUGGCUCUAAAAGGCCAUCCCAGUCUUCUACUUAUUACGGCCACAACCGGGAGGAGGUCACGCGGAUUUUGAUACAGAGUCUAUAUGAGUUGGGUUAUAGCGGGUCAGCAUCGCUAUUAAGCUCAGAGAGUGGCUAUGAACUGGAAACAUCAGGGGUCGCAACCUUCCGGAGUGCGGUGUUGGGCGGAAGAUGGCUAGAAGCCGAGAGAAUCUUGAUUCAGUCGUUUCGGAAUGCCGGGUCACAACAGGUCGACCGGAAAUCUCCACAAGAGGAGACCCUGGUAUUAGCAGAGGAGGCCGAUAAGAACGAGAUGCUCUUCUAUCUCCGACAACAGAAAUUCCUCGAGUUGCUAGAAGCGCGUGAUCUAGCUGCAGCUCUCAACGUCCUUCGACAGGAACUAACACCCUUGAAUUUUGAUGUUGAGCGACUUCACGCCCUAUCAAGUCUUCUUAUGUGUUCAACUGAGGUCUUACAUGCUCAAACGGGAUGGGAUGGUUCAGUCACCUCGUCUCGUGAACGAUUGCUUGGCGAGCUGUCAAAAUCCAUUUCUCCUUCCGUGAUGAUCCCGCAACAUCGUUUAGCCGUCUUAUUAGAUCAUGUCAAGCGGACUCAGAUCAACAAGUGUUCUUAUCAUAAUACCGCCGACCCUCCGUCGCUCUACUCUGACCACAUGUGCGACCGAAACGAUUUCCCGCUGGACGUCAGUGUAGACUUGACUCAGCACUCGGAUGAAGUAUGGUAUUGCGAAUUUUCUCACGAUGGUUCCAAGCUGGUCACUGCAGGCAAAGACCAUAAUGUGCUCAUCUAUAACACAACCGACUUCAGUGUUAUCCACAGACUAACGGAACACGAGGAUGGAGUUGCGUUCGCUAGUUGGAGUCCAGAUGACUCCAAAAUAAUUACUUGCUCGCAAGAUAAAAAAGCACGCGUAUGGAGUGUUGAGAGCGGCCGCUGCCUACUCACUAUCAACCACCACCGUCAACCGGUGACUGCAGCUGCCUGGGCGGCGGAUGGAGAAUCUUUCGUGACGGCCUCUCUUGAUGCUGAAUCACAGCUCCGUCACUGGAGUAUGCGUGGUCAAUCUCUAUACACAUGGAAAGGCGGAUUCCGUGUACAGGACUGUGCUAUUAGCCCGGACGGACGACGUCUUGUUGCCGCUGACACAGAGGCGAAGGUCCAUGUAUACAACAUGCUUACAUACGAGGAAGACUAUUGUCUACCACUGCCGAGCAAACCGACCUCGGUUGCUAUUAGCAAAGACUCGCGCCAUAUGCUUAUAAACCUGUCGGAGGGCGAGAUCCAAUUAGUUGACAUGGAAACAACUUCUGUUGUCCGUCAGUUCAAGGGACAGAAGCAAGGCGAGUUCGUGAUUCGUAGCACGUUCGGAGGAGCAGCUGAAAACUUUGUCGUCAGCGGAAGUGAAGACUCGAAAGUCUACAUCUGGCACAAAGAAAACGGCAACAUUGUCGAGACUCUGGAGGGACAUAUCUCGGGAUGCGUGAACUCAAUAUCAUGGAAUCCAGCAGACCCGGGAAUGUUCGCAUCAGCAGGCGAUGACAGUGCAGUAAGGAUCUGGUCGAGAGAGAGUAAUCGAUCCCGUCCAGUAGGACCGCCUUCACGCAGCAGGGUACCCUCAAAUGGGUUUACGCGGACUAGCGCAUUGAGGACAACAUCCACUUUCUGA